AUGCCUCACACUUUAAGGUCGGAAACGCUUCAAGAGCUAGAUAUAGAAGAAAUUAAGGAGACCAAUCCACUACUCAAGUUAGUUCAAGGGCAAAGAAUUGUUCAGGUGCCGGAAUUGGUGCUGGAGUCUGGCGUAGUGAUAAGUAAUUUUCCUAUCGCCUAUAAGACAUGGGGUACGUUGAACAAAGCUGGUGAUAAUGUCCUGGUAAUCAGUCACGCAUUGACCGGAUCUGCAGAUGUUGCAGACUGGUGGGGCCCUCUUCUGGGUAACGACUUAGCAUUCGACCCAUCAAGGUUCUUUAUCAUAUGUUUAAACUCUAUGGGGUCUCCAUACGGCUCUUUCUCACCUUUAACUAUAAAUGAGGAGACCGGUGCCAGAUAUGGUCCCGAGUUCCCCUUGUGCACUGUGCGCGAUGAUGUCAGAGCUCACAGAAUUGUCCUGGAUUCCCUGGGAGUGAAGUCAAUAGCUUGUGUUAUCGGUGGUUCCAUGGGGGGAAUGUUGAGUUUGGAAUGGGCAGCCAUGUACGGUGAGGAAUAUGUGAAGAAUAUGGUUGCGCUAGCGACCUCGGCAAGACACUCUGCUUGGUGUAUAUCGUGGUCAGAAGCUCAAAGACAGUCAAUUUACUCAGACCCUAAUUAUUUGAACGGUUACUACCCAGUGGAAGAGCAACCCGUGGCCGGGCUAUCGGCUGCACGUAUGUCUGCAUUAUUGACGUAUCGAACCAGAAAUAGUUUUGAAAAUAAAUUCUCUAGAAGAUCUCCCUCAAUAGCACAACAACAAAAGGCUCAAAAGGAAGAAACGCGCAAACCUUCCACCGUCAGUGAGCACUCGCUGCAAAUCCAUAACGAUGGCAACAAGGGUAAAGUUAAAAUUGGUACAUCAGGAGAAAAACGUCAAAGCGUAGUAUCUACUGCAUCGUCCUCAGACUCGUUGAACUCGUCAACAUCAAUGACUUCGGUAAGCUCUGUAACGGGUGAAGUGAAGGACAUAAAACCUGCACAGACAUAUUUCUCGGCACAAAGUUAUUUGAGAUACCAAGGUACGAAGUUCAUCAAUAGAUUUGAUGCCAAUUGCUACAUCGCCAUCACACGUAAAUUGGACACGCAUGACCUGGCCAGAGACAGAGUGGAGGACAUCACAAAGGUUCUUUCCGCGAUCGAACAGCCAUCGCUAAUCAUCGGUAUCCAGUCUGACGGGCUGUUUACAUACUCUGAACAAGAAUUUCUGGCUGAGUAUAUACCGAAGUCGCAAUUGGAAAAAAUCGAAUCUCCAGAGGGCCACGAUGCGUUCUUGUUGGAAUUCAAGCUAAUAAACAAACUAAUAGUGAAAUUUUUGAAAACAAACUGUAAGGCCAUCACGAAUGCCAAACCAAUAGCUUGGGGAGGAGACGUUGGUAACGACGAAACAAAAACAUCUGUCUUUGGCGAGGCUGAAGAAGUUACCAAUUGGUAA